CUGACACGUGACCUGCUUUUCCAACGCGUCCUAGCGCGUCCUGCACUUCCCACACCGACUCCGUUCGAUCGACAUCGGUCUUCUCCCCAUUUUCUCGCUGACAAGACAACGCAUUUUCUGCGUUCUCUGCUUCUCUUGUGAAGCUUCACCGACUCUAUUUACACGAUUGUCAAUAUCGCAUCCUUCUCAACGCGCUUACGAUCCCCAAGACGCGUUUGCACUGACGAUCAAUCACCAUGGCACCUCCAACCUUCCCCAAUGGCUUGACUCUCUACACCAUCGGGUUUGCCGCUCUCAGAUACCCAGCCUUACCACCUCCACCGACCAAUGUCCCUUUGGGAAACAUCGUUGGCGCGCUCCAAUAUGUCCCAUCCGCAGCCCAACACCACGUCGUCGCCCAAAUUGCCUCGCAAUACCUCAAUGCUCUCAUCGCAUACCAAACGAGCGACGAACCUACCCUCCACGACCCCUCCCUCCCACAGUACUACAUUUCAACCGCCCUCAUUCUCCUCAACUUCCUCGCGAGCAGCAGUCCAGACGUCUGCAAACACGCCGCCAAACACCCCGCUCUCCUCAACGACGUCAUUGAGAAGCUCCUCAUACCCGACUUCGUCGAUCGAAUGAAGGCCGUCACUCGGCCCCCGGGCCCCAUGGGAAUCCCUCCCGCGAAGUUCGACGACGAUUUCGGCACGCUCUUGCAGUUCGUGUCAACGAUGCUUCUAUACCGUGCCGAGAUCGAGACCCUUCACCCUCGCAUAAAUGAGCUUAUACCCAAGCUCCGCGAGUGGAAGAGGGCGUAUAAGAAUUCUCCAGUUAAAACGAUAAAGAAUGCGUCGGAGAGGUUGGUGGACCAGAUCCAGGGGAUGGACCCAACAAUGAUUUCUAUGAUACGAGGAAUGCAGGAGACAAGUUUAGUGUGUGGGGUGACGAGUUGUAGGGUCACUGGGCCGGAGAGGCUGACGGUCUGCAAUGGGUGCAAGAUUCAGAGGUACUGUGGGAGGGAACAUCAGAAGGCGGAUUGGAAGUAUCACAAGAAUAUUUGUAAUAAGGGUUUAGUGGAGCCCGCUGAAGAUUGAGGAAUAGGAUCAUGUACGGAGAGAUGUUUGGAAUCGGGCACAUCUUCGCGAUCUCAUCUUGUCUGUACUGUUCAGUGACUGAAAAGCAGAGCACCUCAUUGGACACCGGUUUACUGGAAUCUCGUCUUGAGAAGUUUUCGAGAACACUCGCAGAACUUAUCGCGUGCAGCAACCCAGCUAUCGGGAGCCAACCCACGCCAUACUACGUGGCAUUGGAAAUUUCAGU